UGCGUCCUGUUUCCUGUUUCUGAUGCAGAUGGAUCACAGGGCCUUCGUUCUCUGAUAUCUUCUAUCGAUCCCCAGUGCCCCUGCUCUUUGCUGUCGCAGUGCGUCUCUUUGUUCUGUCCUGGCUGCCUCCUUUUCUGAGUCUGCCUCUUUUCUGCUGCCUUGAGGUUUGGUUCUGGGUUUACUGGUUCUUCUUGACCUCCUCCAAGCACAGAGCAAGAACAGCAAAAAAGACAAUCAUUAGAAAGAAGCCCACCCACGGCUACACUCGUUUCAGACGUUGCGAACCACCACAGAUCUGUUCCAGCGAACCACUUCGUACUUUCACACACAAACAAAAAUCAGCACUGUAUAGUGGCUCUUGCUGUCUGUUUCCCUCAUUUAUUUCAAUACCACUGAAUCCACCUCACAGACCAGUCGUGCACAAUUUAACCAAGCCGUCCACCUCGAAUUAUUCUACGCCACCCAUGUCAGCUUUGAAACUGCAACCCAACCCAUUUUUAGUGCAUGGAAGAUCUCAGUCCGACAACAACUACCUCAGCAACGCCAGCCAUAACAACAAGAAGGGUAACAAGACUUAUCAUCUGGACAUGCCUAGAACAUACUCGCCUCCAUCGCACGUCUCCACUCCCUAUAUGGAUAGGAAAAGAAAGUUUGAAGAGGACUUGCUGAUCACUCCGGAACACUCCAACAACCAUGAUGCGCUAAUCACACCACCAAGAUCUUACAAAAGAUCCAGAACUGUUCCCUCAUCUCCAGUGAAUAGCCAUGACAUCUAUGAAACUCCCAAGACACCCUCCUUCAGACAGGAUAUUGUCAUAAACUUUGAUGGCGCAAACUCAAACACUACUCCAAGGAGCCCCGAAUACAGGGCAUCUACGUUUUACAACACUGCAGAAAAUGUCACUCCACCUCAUUCCACCAGUGGCUCUCCAAAGCAAGCAUCAGCAAACAUUGCCUCUCCUACCGUUGUGCCAUCCAGGAAAAGCCAAGGAAAUGAGUACGCGUACUUUUAUGCAGAUACUUGUUAUCCAUUCAAUAUUUCUGGUAGUGCUAUUGGAAGAAGCGAAGGAAACUUGAGGUUGAAAACAUGGAGAGAAGCCUGCAACGAGAAGGUUCGACACGAAUACAACAAAGCUCUGAAAGAGUACAAUGCUUUUUCCACUACUUUGACAGAGGCGGCUAGAAAUAGAAUGAGCAAAACUGCAGCCAAUCCACCUCCUUUAUUUGAUGCAAAGAUAUUUCCUUCUGCGACUAAGAUGUCCAGAGCGGCAUACGGACAAUUGAAUUAUCCCUUCUCGAAUCCAAUUGACAACAGCGAAGAGAAGGCGGAAUAUGAAGCCAGACUUCUGUUAGGCCUGAGAAACCAUGAAAGUUCUAGACCAAAGAACGACUAUCCACUGAAGCAUUCAUCACACGUACAAUUGCCGCCCAUCAGUGAGAUUCUCAAAUACACACCAUUUGACAAAUCCACUGUGCAUCCAAGUGGUUUAUCGACCCUUGAAAUCAACCAGUACCAGAACUCUAAGUUUCCUGGAAUUGUGUUCAAUUCGGCCUCUAAGGAGUUUUACAAUGGAAGAGAGAUAAAGAAAAACCUGCCUGUUCCAGUGGUUGACCAUGAACUCCUCAAUCAAGACUACCAACGCAUGAAGUAUGGCAGCCUAGGUGGCCAGCCAACGCAGCCAUUUUAUGCAAACGCGGCGAACAUGAACCGAACGCAAUACAGGGGCCCAUACAGGCCUCACGCAUCCUACUGUUCAUCAACAAUCUCAGCGGUUUCCGGGAGCACACACAUGAUGCCCGCACCACAACUGCAGUCCCCAAUUACGCUGAAGCCGCUGAGGAGUCAGGGGGCCAAUGCUUACGAUGAUUUGAAUAACGAGCUCAAGAACCUUUCUGACGAUGGGAAGAGUAAGGAUCGCAGCCAAGGGAAAACGCUGAAGCAGUUCCAAACCCAGUUCAAAACGCAGCCACUCAAAGUAACCAAGACUAGAAGAGCUUCUGUCUCCAAGGUUGCGAAGAGUGCCCAAAUUUCAACUCAUAUUCUCACACAGACUUCGGCAAGACGCAGAAGAUCCUCCUCGGCGUCGUCUUCGAGACCGGUGUCGAGACCAUCGUCCCGGUCGACGAGCAGAAGAUCGUCCCGGUCAGGAGUAGCAUCCGAAUCCGCCAAACUACAAGAAGAUGCUGUGUCGGCGACUACGACUACAGGUUACGGACUGAGGACGCGAUCCUCGUCCAGGUCGAGGACAAGGUGCUCAUCGAGCGAAAGUAUCAAGACUGCUGAAGUACCAGCGUCGGUCGAAACUACGCCCAAAAGCAGCCCCGUUGUCCAGAAGACGCAGACGUACGUCGCCAAGACGAACAGCCUGUUGUUCCCUACCUACGACCCUAGCUCUGUCGGCCCCGCCACCAAUGCUGCCAAUGGGACCAACAGGACGCUCGAUUUUUCCAAGUCGACCAUCCUCUCCGUGGCUCCCGUGAAGGCCCAGCUGCCCGUUGCCAAGCUGCACAGCGACUCUUCCACCCACUCGCACAACCACAGCCCUUCUGCACACCAGACACACCCGACCCGGGCGAAGAAGUGCAUGUCGUGCUUCUCGUCGCUGUCUCCAUGCUGGAGGCCGUCGUGGGCGCCCGACGAGGGCCAGCUCUGCAACUCCUGCGGUCUCCGCUACCGCAAGACCAAGGCCAGAUGCUUCAAUCCGGCGUGUUUGAAGAUCCCGUCUAAGAGCGAGUGGGCGCUCAUGGUGAAGCGGGGGGAGGUGCUUCUGGACAUGUACGACUCGCAGGGGCACGUUGUCGGCAAGCGCAUGAGCUACAGGUGUCUCGACUGCGACAGCGCCAUGGAGGUUUCCCGCUAGCACCACAUCCACGAGCAGAAGCUGCGGCGGCUUCUGCAUCCCCCUUUCUCCUGACCUCUCAAUUCUACCGUCUCUACUCUGUGUACCAUCAUCUCUAUUUUCUUUGUAACGAAUGCAUUGUAUUUCUCUCUCCAUAUCUGUGCAAACAUAGAGAAUACCUAAGACCCAAGAAAAGAACAGCAAAGGACAUAGGUUUCCCACCACCGG